CAACUUCAGUGGCACUGAUUGGAAAGACAACAUGUGGUGUAGAGGCCCAGGAAAGUCUCUCUCAUGUAGAGGAGAAGAGUGAUGACACAGAGGAGGAGUGGGUGGAACAGAAAAUUGAUUUGAAAAAAUUGCCAAGACAGUACAUGCAGCUGUCGAAGAUCAGACUAACAGGUCUUGUGGUAAUCACAGAAAUGGCUGGAUAUGCCAUUGCACCAGGGGCCAUGAAUCUUAGUACUUUUCUUUGGGCUGGACUAGGAACAGGCCUCUGUUCAUCUUCGGCAAAUGCAUUUAACCAGUGGCUAGAAGUUCCUUUUGACUCACAAAUGAGCCGCACACAAAACCGUGUUCUUGUCAGGGCCCGUUUGAGCCCUCUUCAUGUGGUGCUGUUUGCCAUGGCAACUGGUGUAAUGGGUGUUUCUGUAUUAACCAGUCAAGUCAAUGGAUUAACUGCUGCCCUGGGGGCAGCCACCCUGAUACUCUACACAUCUGUCUACACCCCUAUGAAGCGUCUGAGUAUUGUGAAUACUUGGGUGGGGUCAGUAGUGGGAGCAUUGCCCCCCCUGAUGGGUUGGGCUGCUUGUACUGGAGGAAUAGAUGCUGGUGGAUUAGUGUUGGCAGGAAUUUUGUACUCUUGGCAGUUUCCACAUUUUAAUGCUUUGAGCUGGAAUCUCAGAGCUGAUUAUUCAAGAGCUGGUUAUCGCAUGAUGUGUGUAACAAAUGCACCCCUGUGCAGACGGGUGACACUGAGACACUGUUUAGCAUUGGUUGGUCUUACAACACUUCUACCAGCAUGUGGAGUCACAACAUGGUGGCUGGCUUUGGACUCUUUACCACUUAACUUUUGGAAUACUUAUUUAGGAUAUCAGUUUUAUAAAGACUCAGAUUCAAGAUCUGCAAGGGAACUUUUUCGGUUUAGUCUGAUUUACCUCCCAAUCCUCAUGCUUCUGAUUCUGUUUCACAAGAAGCCAAGGACAACACAGGAUGAGGGAAUUGUUCAAGUGACAUAGCCAGCUUCUUUCCCUCCAUGAAGUUUUUAUCACACAAAUGUCAAGUCUUGAGGUCCAGAGAGGAAAAUGAGGGUAACCUUGUUUGCCAACUUUGUUUUGGGUCUUCAUCACUGAUGAAGUUGUUCUGACCUCUUGUAGUAUGUUUGUGGUAAGAAAGUGGUCCAUGUUAGAGGGGCUUCCGCCAAUUGGUGUGGCUGAUGAAGUAGUUUUAGAAUGUUAAUUUGUCAAAAAAGAUGUUCUAGACAUAAAUUACAUUUAUUUAAGACAAGAUUGACUUCUUUAAAACAAUUUCAUGGCCUCCCUGCAAGAUAGUGUUUGGCAUGCAAUAUUCAUGUUUUUACAGAGAACUACAACUAGUGGCAGUGUUGGGCUUGCAUAAUGCAUACAGAAUUCAUUUUUUCCCUCAGAGGAUCUGAGAACUCAUUCUCCAUGCUCUCUAUAGCCUUUCCCAGGCAUUCAGUUGAUCACAACAGCUGCAAAACAGUGCCAGUAGCCCAAGAUGAUAGCAAGGAACAAGAAGGAGAUUGGGUUAAACAAUUUUACCUUAUCCCUUCUUCUUUUUGUUUGUACCCUUCUGCUGGUUCUGUUCUAUAACUGUUGGUCUAAGUGAAUUUGGACUUUUGUUUAAUCUCAUGGCCAUAUAUUUCUCUGUUGACUACUUCUGAAAAUUUGGUGCCAUAUCACAGGCUUCCCAUCAAGAAAGGUACAGUUAACUGGUACUACGGCAGGGGAGUAGUGUUGAGUAACUGAAGGACAUUCUCAACAUCUGAAUGAAAAAUUGCUCACAGGCUAUUGAAAUUGAGCCCAGGAAUUUUGCUAAAUUAGCAUAGAGUUUGUUUUCAAUGCAUGAGGAACACCCUGAUAUACUACAGUAAAAUCCAUCAGUUGAUACUGUAAUCUUGAUAUUCUGUUUACCUUCCUGCCCAAUAUUGCAUUAAAUUUGAGAUACUUAUCACUUUGAAGAGUCAAAGUAUUUAAAAUAUCCUACAUCUUCAACAUAAUGUUGUCAACUAAUAUAUUUUGUGUUCAAUUAAUUCAUUACUUCUGAUUUGGUGACAAUACUGAAGUUAAAUGUUUUUCCUGUCAAAGUUGCUUUUUAUUCAU